AACGUUUUACAGACGUUAUAAAAUCAACAAUGGCCGAAAGCGGCAAGCGUGAUAUCGACGAAGUGGAAGAAGAUGACGAUGAAUGGGUUGGUCCAAUGCCUGAAGAGGCUGUCAAGACAAAGAAGAGAAAGGUGCUGGAGUUUGAACAUGUUUACCUGGACAACAUGCCAAAUGCUGAAUCUUAUGAGAAGAGUUUUAUGCACAGAGAUGUAGUUACACAUGUGGCAGUAGCAAGGACCGGAUUCAUCAUCACCGCUAGCUGUGAUGGACAUGUAAAAUUCUGGACUAAGAAUGAAGAUGCAGGCAUUGAGUUUGUCAAACAUUUCAGGAGCCAUUUAGGAACCAUUGAGGACAUGUCUGUGAGCAGUCCUGGGGAUCUCUGCUGUACUAUAUCAGAUGAUAAAUCAGCCAAAGUAUUUGAUGUUGUUAAUUUUGAUAUGAUCAACAUGAUGAAGCUAGAAUACAGCCCACAUACUUGUGGCUGGAUCUACGCCUCGGGGGAUCCUGUCUGUGCCCUGGCUGUGUCAGAGAAGGACACGGGUAACAUACACAUAUAUGACGGUCGAGGAACAAGCACGUCACUGCACACGCUCACGAACAUGCAUUCUUCACCAGUUAAGCUGAUCAAGUAUAACCCUGUGUAUGAAAUAGCAGUGUCAGCUGACAAGGACGGUAUGCUGGAGUACUGGACCGGUCCUAAGUACGACUACAAGUUCCCUAAAAAUGUACAAUGGGAGUACAAAACAGAUACAGACCUGUAUGCAUUCGCUCAGAACAAGACCGUUCCUAGUGAUGUGAAUUUUUCUCCAGAUGGCAAACUGAUGGCUUCUAUAGCAAAGGACAGGAAGGUUAGAAUCUUCAAGUUUUUAACAGGAAAAUUAUCCAAAGUUUUGGACGAAUCCCUGAAACAGUUUACAGAACUACAGCAGAUGAAACAACAGUUACCUAACAUGGAAUUUGGACGUCGUUUAGCUGUAGAGCGAGACUUGGAGAAAACAGAAUCUUUCCAUAAGUGUAGCAUAAUUUUUGAUGAGAGCGGACAUUUUGUUCUUUAUGCUACCAUGCUAGGAAUCAAAGUGAUAAACCUGCACACAAACAGAUGUGUCCGGAUGUUGGGAAAGAAAGAGAAUGCACGCUUACUGGCACUCAGCAUGUUCCAAGGUACGGGAAAAAAGCGGAAGGCAGCAGUGGACGUGGAAAUGGCGGCUUCUGAAAACCCAAUUCUACAGACCGUCAACCUCGACCCUAUACUGUUCUGUACUGCCUUCAAAAAGAACCGGUUUUACCUUUUUUCUCGUAGAGAGCCAGAUGAUAUUAAAAGCUCAGAAACAGAGAGAGAUGUUUUCAAUGAGAAACCUUCGAAGGAAGAUAUGGUAUCGGCGACACAGGACAUGACAUACACACGGGUAUCGGAGAAUUGUAUCAUCCACACUACCAUGGGCGACAUUAGCAUCAAACUUUUCGCAAAAGAGUGUCCAAAAACAGUGGAGAAUUUUUGUGUUCAUGGAAAAAAUGGUUACUACAAUGGUCACAUAUUUCACAGAGUGAUCAAAGGCUUCAUGUUACAGACAGGUGACCCAGAGGGAAAUGGUACCGGGGGUGAGUCGAUAUGGGGUGGUGAGUUUGAGGAUGAAUUUCACCCUUCCUUACGACAUGACAGACCCUAUACAGUGAGCAUGGCCAAUGCUGGACCUAACACUAAUGGUUCACAAUUCUUCAUCACAGUUUGUCCUACUCCAUGGCUGGACAAUAAACACACAGUAUUUGGGCGAGUUGUGAAGGGCAUGGAGGUUGUACAGAACAUCGGCAAUGUGAAAACGAACCCAAAAACUGACAAACCACAUGACGACAUCCGAAUCGUCAGUUUUGCUGUUAAAUAGUAUAAAGGAGAUUUUUUUUAAAAGCUGAAUGUUCCAGAAUCUUGUAUUUUGCAUUAUGUUCUGUCAAGAGAAUGUAUGAAAAGCCUUCAAGUGCUAUAUGAGAAAUUAUGGACAAAUUAUGUGUACUUUAUUAGUACAAGAGUACAGGAUUCUAUUUCUCAUACUCAUAUGAAUAAGAGACAUAACUUUACAAAUUUGCCUUCUCUACAUAUUGAUGUAUCAAUACCCAUCAGGCAUGUUGCAUUACAUAAAAAAAAAAUAAAACUUUUUUUUAUUUUACAACAAUUGUGAAAGAAGUUAUGUAAACUUAUAUUAACCACACUUUUUGGCCUGGCUGGAAGAGCCCAGGGGUCUUAGGGUGGGAGGAAAUCGGAGUACCCAUACCUUUUCAUAGAAGACUCAUGACUGAUAAUAAGCCCACCCAUUCUUUUGAUAUUCAGUCGAUUUACCAACAAAAUAUUAUUUAUCCUGUAAUAAGCCCACCCCUUGACUUUGGGUCAGAGGUUAUGUUGGCUAUUUUCAUGUCAUAUUAUAAAGUUGAUAAACCAUGUCAAGCAAUUUUGAAUUGUUUGUCAUAUAUAUGAAUGACAUUGGGUGGUCCGAUGGCACAGGUUAACAAACUUGCCUUUCACCUAGGCGGCCGGGGUUCAACUCCCAGCAAUGAAAAGGUAAGGGGCCGCCAGCCUGACCACGCGGGUUUUCUCUAGGUUCUUCAGUUUCCUUCCAAACUAAGACACCUUGCAUGCUUCCAUCUGGACCAAGAAGAGUGACCAUCUGGACCAAGAAGAGUGAUUAAAAUAAGUUGGUAUAACUUGUUUCAUGAUUGUUGUAAAAUAAACAACAUUUUUUUCGGGGAGGGGGGGGGUUAAAAUUACCGGUAGCUGUACAUGAGAAAUUCAGGUGGCAGGUAAAUUUUACUUGUUUUCAUAUUGAUUAAAUUUUGGGAGCAACUCAAAUAUUUUUUUCUUAAUUAGAGCAUCAUAUCAGAAUAUAUUGGAGAUUUUGAAAUAAUAAAUAUAUGAUAUUUUAAUACCAUAUGAGUACCGUGUGGCCUGGUCAGGAAAGUUGUACGACAGACAAAUUAUGUGAAUAUGUAACAAUAUGAGAAUGUACAAAUGUAUUUAAUAAAACACAGAGUAUGGAUCAAAAA